UUUUUUGUUCCGAUUGGGGAUACUGAUGACUAUGAGUCAGCGGCAGGUUUUGCAGGUGUUUGAGACAUAUCAAAAAGCAAGAACGCAAUUUGUUCAAAUGGUAGCAGAGCUUGCAACAAGACCACAAAAUAUUGAAACACUUCAAAAUGCUGGUGUAAUGUCCCUUUUGAGGCCUCUCCUUUUGGAUGCAGUCCCAACUAUUCAGCAGACAGCAGCCCUGGCUCUCGGAAGGCUUGCCAACUAUAACGAUGACCUGGCUGAGGCUGUAGUGAAGGGAGACAUUCUUCCUCAGCUUGUGUACUCCCUGGCUGAGCAAAACCGAUUCUAUAAGAAAGCUGCUGCAUUUGUUCUUCGGGCUGUUGCUAAACACUCCCCUGAGUUGGCCCAGGCUGUAGUGGAUUGUGGUGCACUGGAUGCUCUUGUUAUCUCCCUGGAGGAGUUUGACCCUGGGGUCAAAGAGGCUGCUGCAUGGGCACUGGGCAACAUUGCCAGACAUAAUGGGAAGCUGUCUCAAGCAGUUGUAGAUGCAGGAGUCGUGCCUCUACUCGUGUUAUGUAUUCAGGAGCCUGAGAUUGCCCUAAAGAGGGUUGCUGCAUCUGCUCUGAGUGACAUAGCCAAGCACUCCCCAGAGCUGGCUCAAACAGUGGUGGACACCGGGGCUAUUGCCCACCUAGCACAGGUGAUCCUAAACCCGGAUGCCAAAUUGAAGAGGCAGGUUUUUUCAGCUCUCAGCCAAAUCGCCAAGCACACCGUGGAUGUAGCAGAGAUGGUGGUGGAGGCUGAGAUAUUCCCUGCCGCGCUGGCUUGCCUAAAGGACCCAGAUGAAUAUGUUCGGAAGAAUGUCACCACUCUUAUUCGGGAAAUCACAAAACAUACCCCCGAGCUGUCCCAGAUAAUAGUGAAUGUGGGGGGUGUUGCAGCUGUGGUUGACUACCUCGGGGACUCCAAGGGGAAUGUACGCCUGCCGGGGAUCAUGAUGCUGGGCUACGUGGCUGCACACUCCGAGAACCUUGCUAUGGCUGUGAUUGUGUCUAAAGGAGUGCCACAGUUGGCUAUCUGCCUAGAGGAAGAGCAAGAAGAUCACAUCAAGGCAGCUACAGCUUGGGCAUUUGGACAAAUCGGUCGACAUACUCCUGAGCAUGCACGAGCUGUUGCUGUGGUCAACGUGUUCCCCAAACUUCUCAAUCUCUAUUUGGACACUAAAAGCUCUGAAGACCUGCAGGUCAAGGCAAAAAAGGCCUUGAAGAGCAUCCUUCAGAAGUGCACAUAUCUACCAGCAUUAGAGCCUCUUCUCUAUGAAGCUCCCAGCAACAUUCUUAAACAUGUCAUCUGCCAGUUCAGUAAGGUUCUUCCUCAUGAUAGUAAGGCACGGCGCUUGUUUGUUACCAGUGGGGGUCUGAAGAAAGUACAAGAAAUCAAGGCAGAACCUGGUUCUGCAAUUCAGGAAUAUAUCAAUGCAAUCAACAGCUGCUACCCUGAGGAGAUUGUCAGGUUCAUGCACAUAUACUUAACUUACAAAUACUUACAGAAACAGCACCAUACCAAAAUAUUAUUAAAGGAAUAUUCAGGGUUCAAUACAAGUUAAGCUCAAUCAACUGCAUAAUGUUGAUUACCACAAACAUUUUUUACUUGCCUCUUGUUGAUAUAUACAUAAAAAAAUUUGUACAAAAAAUUACAGUAAGGCACUUACAAUGCAAGUGAAUGAGGCCAGUCUGUAAAUGCUAAAAUACAAAUUUUUCGAAAGUUUCAAAAGUAUAGCGCAAGACGUUAACAUUAUACAUGUUAACAUUCAGUGUGAUAAAAUGUACUAAUCUUAUCUGUGUAAAGUUAUUCCCAAAACCAAGAUGACAACAUAGUUGUAAUAUUGCAAAUAACUUUACACAGACAAGGUUAGUCAGGGAUUUUAUCACACUAAAAUCAUAAUAUGUACUUUUUGUGGCUUUCCUUUUGAAACUGCAUAUAUUUUAAUGUUUAUGGACUGACCUUAUUCACUUCCAUUGUAAGUGCCAUACUGUAACCGUGAAGGGGGACUUUUUUUGUGUGGAAAUCAACAUUAUGUCACAAAUGCUGUUAAUUGAGCUCAACUUGUGUUGGACCCGGAAUAUUCCUUUAAAGACAGACAAGAUACAUGCUUUAAACUUAGAUUUAGGUUUUCAAUCAAUGGUUUAUACUUUUUGUUGUUCAACAGUUCCAGUGAGAGGUUCUUUUUUAACAGGUACUAUUCCCCUGGUUACUCUGAGGCCUUGCUGGAAAGGAUUGAAAACUAUCAGCCAAUUUGAUCCAGUGCAACACUGCUUUUACGGAAAUAUAUCCCUUUGCUUAAUGAGAACUUUGGUGAAAGCAAUUAUCCAAUCUGCAAGAGCUGAUUUAGCUAAAUCUACUCCAUUAAAAACGCUUGUAUAGGGGUCUGGUACAGUUCAGUGGUGGUAAAGCAUCAUUGUCAAUUCUGAUAUCUUAUGUUUUAGCUCAGACCUAAGUCAGCUGAGCCUUCAUAUUUUUCGAAAGACCUGCUCUUAAAUACACUUUCUUGCUGUAUAAAAUAACCUUUGUGUAUCCGGUUUCCUGUUUUUUAGCUGUGAUAAAAACAUACAUUGACUUAUAUAUAUAUAUAUAUAUAUUAUGAAUUUGCUAUGUAUUUCAUUGUGUAUUUCUAUUGCUUUAAUAUAAAAUGUAGCCUACACAUUUGAGUUUCGCAGACUAUUAAGGCAAUUAAUGUAAAACUUAGUACCAGGCAUUCUGUAAAAGGUCAAAGUUCUUGUCCACUUGAGAUACGUUUGAUUUCAUUUUUAAUUACGCAUCCACUCUUUAUCGCCCCCUGUUGGAUGAUGUUUGCAUGAAUGUUCAGACCAUAGAACAGCUGUUAAACAUAUGGCAGCCCGUUCUUUGUUUAUUGUUUCCUCUUCUGGUGUCAAUCUGGUGUCAAUCAGAUUUCUUUAUCAAUUGACACUGUUUUGUUAAGCAUUGUCUCAAUCCCGCAGCUUUAUCCAAAUGACAACCUCGAUUAUCAACCCAGAAGGCCGGAUCACUUCGAGAAUUUUUAAUUGUGAAUGAUUUGUAAAAGUUUUCUUUCAUUUCUAUUUUAUCGGAAGCCGGUUUUCAAAAACAUUUAAAACAUAAUUGAUGAUAGGUAUUAGUAUAUUCGUAUUCUAUAAGGUGGUGGUUGGUUUAUCACAGUCAUUUUCUCUUAGCUAUAUCAUGUCAGACUCGCCUUCAUGACCGCAAGCACAAAAGUAUAUCAGUUGUGGCAUCGCGCCUUCAACAUUACCAUGCACAAAAAAUGGAAGAAGACUUGAAAUAAUUCAGCCAUACGUGUGAGGCUUUUAAAAGAGAAUUCUACUCUAACCACACUGCAAGUUUUAUUCACAGUUUCAGUGACUCAUCUGACAGUUUCAACUUCCAUUUGUUUUCGAGACUUUUAUUUAUUUAUUUAUUUAUUUAUUUUCUAAAAUAGGCCUAUUGUGUUGAUCACUAAAUCAUUAGAAUUGCAGCAAAUAAGCUCUAAAUCUCUAAACUUAGAUUAGGCCCUCUUGGGCCUCACGAGCAGCUAAACGAUCGCAGCGAAUAUUUACAUCCGAUUAAGUUAAUAAAAGACUUUCUGAAUUCUGUUGAAAAUUGUUUCAGAGAUGUGAUCUGUAUAAUCGUCCUGAUAACGCAACUGUUAAAUCUUUUCAACUAACUGUUGUUUCCAUAUAAUUGAAAUAAAUAUAAAAAAUGUACA